CGUCUGGUUGAUUGGAGAAAGGAGGACGCCCAUUGGUCGUUCUGAGGAAGGCAGCGAUUGGUAGGGUGACUCCGUGGGGCCGAUCCUCUGGACGAAGAAGUGAAGUAUUUGGAGAGAAAAUUAAAACGGGCAAAAGGGAGCUCCCUGAAUCGACGACAGAGUAGCGCGGAUGAUGCAGGAAGAUGGACGAUGGUGGCGGAUGCAGGAAAGAGGCGCCGCCCAGGAGGAGGAGGAGGAGAGCGGGCCCCGUGGAGCAGCCUUGCCCGGUCCCGGCGCGGCUUCCGUGGGAGAUGGCAGGGAAAGGCCGGGGGGCUCCGGGGACGCAGGAGGGAGGAGCCCAGGGGAAGCCCGGGAAAGGCGGCUGCCUAGAGGGCGAUGCAGGGAGGAGGAAACGGGCGGAGACGCCGAGAUGAGCCUGGAGGGCGGAGGCUCCUUCGGAAGACCCCCAAAGCCCCGAAGGAUCCAGAAGGGAGGAAGGAAACAUCAAUGCCCCGAAUGCGGAAAAUCCUUCAAAACAAUUGGCCAUCUUGAAAGUCAUUUAAGGAUCCACAUAGGAGAAAAACCUCAUAAAUGCUUUCAGUGUGGAAAGAGCUUCAGUCAGAGGGGACAUCUUUAUAAACAUCAAAGGAUCCAUUGGGUAGAAAAACCUCAUAAGUGCCUGGUGUGUGGAAAGAGCUUCAGUUGGAGGAGCAACCUUUAUACACAUCAAAGGAUCCACUGGGGAGAGAAACCACAUAAAUGUCUUGAUUGUGGAAAGAGCUUCAGUAGGAGAGGGACUCUGCACAGACAUGAAAGGAUCCAUUCAGGAGAGAAACCGUAUCAGUGCUGGGAGUGUGGAAAGAGCUUCAAUCAGAGAGGAAAUCUUUACAUGCAUCAAACAAUCCAUUCAGGAGAAAAACCACAUAAAUGUCUGGAGUGUGGAAAGAGCUUCAGUAGGAGAGAAACUCUGUAUGAACAUCAAACAAUUCACACAGGAGAAAAACCACAUAAAUGCCUGGAGUGUGGAAAGAGUUUCACUCGGAGAGGAAAUCUUUACCUGCAUCAAAAAAUCCACUGGGGAGAGAAACCGUAUCAAUGCCUAGAGUGUGGAAAGAGUUUCAGUCAGAAUGGACAACUUUCCCAGCAUCAAACAAUCCAUUCAGGAGAAAAACCACAUAAAUGUCUUGAUUGUGGAAAGAGCUUCAAUUGGAGAGGAAGUCUGCACAGACAUGAAAGGAUCCACUCAGGAGAGAAACCGUAUCAGUGCUGGGAGUGUGGAAAGAGCUUCAAUCAGAGAGGAAAUCUUUACAUUCAUCAAACAAUCCACUCAGGAGAAAAACCACAUAAAUGUCUGGAGUGUGGAAAGAGCUUCAGUAGGAGAGAAACUCUGUAUGAACAUCAAACAAUUCACACAGGGGAAAAACCACAUAAAUGCCUGGAGUGUGGAAAGAGUUUCACUCGGAGAGGAAAUCUUUACCUGCAUCAAAAAAUCCACUGGGGACAGAAACCGUAUCAGUGCCUGGAGUGUGGAAAGAGUUUCAGUCAGAAAGGACAACUUUCCCAGCAUCAAACAAUCCAUUCAGGGGAAAAACCAAAUAAAUGCCUGGAGUGUGGAAAGAGUUUCAGUCAGAAAGGACAACUUUCCCAGCAUCAAACAAUCCAUUCAGGAGAAAAACUACAUAAAUGUCUUGAUUGUGGAAAGAGCUUCAGUAGAAGAGGAAGUCUUUACCUGCAUCAAAGAAUCCACACAGGAGAAAAACCACAUAAAUGCCUUGAGUGUGGAAAGAGCUUCAAUCAGAGAGGAAAUCUUUAUAUUCAUCAAACAAUCCACUCAGGAGAGAAACCGUAUCAGUGCCUGGAGUGUGGAGAGAGUUUCAGUCAGAGAGGAAAAUUUUCCCAGCAUCAAACAAUCCAUUCAGGAGAAAAACUACAUAAAUGUCUUGAUUGUGGAAAGAGCUUCAGUAGAAGAGGAACUCUUUAUAGACAUCAAAGGAUCCACACAGGAGAGAAACCACAUAAAUGCCUGGAGUGUGGAAAGAGCUUCAGUAGGAGAGGAAGUCUGCAGAUACAUCAAAGGAUCCAUACAGGAGAGAAACCACAUACAUGCCUGGAGUGUGGAAAGAGCUUCAGUAGGAGAGGAAGUCUGCAGAUACAUCAAAGAAUCCACACAGGAGAAAAACCACAUAAAUGUCUGGAGUGUGGAAAGAGUUUCAGUCAGAAAGGACAACUUUCCCAGCAUCAAAGGAUCCACUCAGGAGAAAAACCUCAUAAAUGCCUGGAGUGUGGAAAGAGCUUCAGUCAGAGGGGCAACCUUUAUAAACAUCAAAGGAUCCACUCAGGAGAAAAACCACAUUAAUGCCUGGAGUGUGGAAAGAGCUAUAUUGAGCAUAGUAGCCUCAAUCGACACCAAAGAAUUCACGUGGGAGAAAAAUCAUAAACAUACCUGAGUGUGAGAAAACCUUCAGUCACGGUGUAUCUUGGGAAUUGAAUUGUAUAUUUAAUUUGGCUAAGUGUGUAUAGACACCCUAGGAAUUUACCUAGUGCAUAUUCAUCAUCAUUAUAAUAAUUCCAAUAAGAGGAAUUAUUGCUCUUUACUCCAAAUGAUUAAAGAAGACAAUAAGGAUAAAUAAUAACUGCCAAAUAAAGGACUUUUUCAAUUGUACAUGCUAGAUGUUUCAACUGGUUUAAAUUGUACCUUUUCACAACAGACAUGCCAUUUCCCAUGUGAAUGUUCUUUUAAUGCAAGGCUCAUUUCAGUGAUUAUGCUUAAUAUUAUGGGUUGUUACUGUCCAUGUCUCUGAUAUAACCAUAAUUGAGCAGGAUGAUUUCUUCCAAGGUGGAUUUCAUUUAAAUCACGUUGAUUUAAAUCAUGUCAAUUUAAAUCAUUAUAUAAAUCGCUAUUAAAAAGAUUUAAAUCAACUUUUUAAAUCAUAAUUUUUAAAAAGCAACUGUCAUGUCUGUCCCGCAGCAGCUCCUCCUCUGAGCCGCUGUUGACUCGCCGACAGUCCCAUUCAUUUUAAUAGGGCGGCUGGUGAUGCAUCAGUGACACAACCAGGUGAGGGACGUGGCUGGCAGCAGGUGAGUGGAUGCCCUCUCACAGGCCCUGCCAUGAUGGAUCUGAAAUGACAGGUGCUCUUUAAUGUUAUAUUUAUAAGCUGCUUAGGAGGUUUCACUUCCAUUUUUACUGCUUGCCCUUCCCCCUCACACUUAGAGGCUGAGGGUACAGGUGCAUUUCUCUUCCAACAAUCAUACAGUUUGUAGUCUACAUACAGUGUAUUUGAAGAAAAAUGGGGAAAAGGAAUAUUCCUGCCCUUUGCUUUAUGAGUUAUCUCAUGGUUACUGUGAAACUCUGUGGAUGUAUCAAUGCAGUGCAUGUUAUUUCAGCUUGCGGUGCUUGGAUUCAUUGAAUGAGUUUAGCAGAAAUGUAAAUAUUGCAGAAUAUACAGCUUCAUGCUACAUAACUAAGCUCCAUUUCAACCUGAAUAGACUAAAUUAUUAAUGUAUCUUAAAUGGAAAAUUAUCUUUAUGAUUCUUGAUGAACGUAUCUUUUCUUUUAUGUACACUGAGAGUAUAUGCACCAAGACAAAUUCCUUGUGUGUCCAAUCACACUUGGCCAAUAAAAAACUCCUAUUCUAUGCUAUGCUAUGCUAUGCUAUGCUAUGCUAUGCUAUGCUAUGCUAUUCUAUUUGAAUAGCAUAGCAUAGCAUAGCAUAGCAUAGCAUAGCAUAGUAUAGCAUAGAAAUCCCAAUGGGAUUUUUAUCCCAAAAGUAUUUUAUUAAAAUAAAUUUGAUAAAAAAUAACAAAAAAAUCCCAUUUAAAUCAAAAUUAUGAUUUAUUUAUUUUUUUUAAUCAAUUUUUAUCCACCCUUAUUUCUUCCAUGCAAUCAACUCUUAUUUUGUACUUUUUCUAUUGUAUGGAGUAUAAAAUGAAACCCGAUUCUGUGUCCUAGAUUCCCUCUUUUCAUUAAGGGAAAUCUCUUUGCUACAAUAAUCUAAUAAAUUGCCUUUAAAUAUU